ACAGUAAAAUAUAAACAUCCCUACCCUUCAUCCCUCUCUCUGCGGGAAGGAAAAAGAGAAAGCAAAAUGCAGACUGUGAAGAACUUGAAGAUGUUUUUUAACUGUAAAUAACUGAAUCAGUAGAAAGCAACAGUUGGAUCACGAAACAGUCACGGAAGACGAAUUGGCCAAAGGGGUUGCCGAAUCUGGAUCCGAAAUUGGGAGGUCCAAAUGACGGAUUCGAAUCUGGAGUUGCAGGAAUCGGGUUGGGAGGAGCUGAGGAGAGAGGCCAGGAAGAUUGAGGGAGAUCUUGAUGUGAAGCUCUCUUCUUACGCUAAGCUUGGUGCUAGGUUCACACAAGGAGGUUAUGUGGAAUCUGGGUCACCAUCUGUUAGCAGGUCAUGGAAGUCCAUGGAAAUGGAGAUCCAGUCGUUGCUUGAGAAACUUUUGGAUAUAAAUGAUUCAAUGAGUCGAUGUGCUGCAUCUGCUACACCAGCUACUUCUGUAACUCAGAAGCUAGCAAGGCACAGAGACAUACUUCAUGAGUUUACCCAGGAGUUUAGAAGAAUCAAGGGGAACAUAAAUUCAUUGAGGGAACAUGCGGAGCUUCUGACUUCAGUCAGGGACGAUAUCAGCGAGUACAAGGCAUCUGGGAUUAUGUCACCAAGAAUGCAGAUACUACGGGAAAGAGCUGCCAUCCAUGGAAGUGUGUCACAUGUAAGUUUAAGUGCUAUUUGGGGAUAAUCACAUGUUAGGUUAUGAACCAACACAAUUGCAUUUUGUGCAUUUCCCAUGGAACACUUCCCCCUUUUCUUUCUAAAGUUGGGUCUAACUGAGGCUUAUCGAGUCUACGGGCUACACAAUUGGAGUUCCUCUCUUCCAUUCCACGAACCCUUAGUAUACAGAUUUUACACCUUCAAACAGGCUGUAAUUUACUGCAAAGUAGCAAAUGUGAAUGUUGAAGUGUUGAGGGGAACUCAAAGUUGAAUAACAAACUGUUCACCAGUUAGGAUACUACA